AUGUCCGGCGGGGCAGCCCGGGGCCGGGGCCGGGGCCGGGGCCGGGCCGAGCCGCCUCCGCCUCGCCUCCGGCCGGGCCGCGGGGAGGGAGCGGCCGGCGCGGCCCCGCUGCCCCCGCCCGGCCCCGCCGGACUCCGGGCCGGCCCCUGCCCCGCUCCGCCCGCCCCGCGGCCUCGCCAGGCCCCGCCGGGACAGCCGGAGCCGCCGCCUUCCCCGCCGCUUCCCCGGCCCGGCCCCGCCGCCUUCCCCGCUCACCGCCGCCCCCGGGCCGCCCCCGGCGCCGCUCGGCUCCCCCGCUGCGGGCUCGGGGCUCGGGGCUCGGGGCUCGGCUCCGGCCGCUCCCGCUGCUCCGGCCGCGGCUGCUGCUGCUCUGCGCGGCGGCGGCGCCGCGUCCGCUCCGCCCUCAGCGGCCGCGGCCCGGGGAGGAGCCAGCGGGGCGGGCGGGACGGACGGGCCCGCAAAAGUUCCGGGAGGGCCGGGGCAGGCACUGUCACCUCCUUACAUAAGCAGGGACAGGACAAGGACUGCAGCCUGUCCCUGGGGAUGCUCCUGGUGCCAGAGGCAGCAGCAGCAGAGCAGGAGCAGCACCAGCACCAGCACCAGCAGCACCAGCACACCCUGGGGCCUCCCCACACUCCUCCAUCACCACUUGCACAACUUCAGGGACACAGCAGAUUUGCUGAGGUGAGCAGCCAGGAGACACACAGAGCUCAGAGUCCCCCCUCUGUCACUGAAACCUCUCCAGUUCUCCCUCUCACAGCUCUGUGUGUGCAGCAGAAAUAAAUACACAGCGCAGAGUUUUGCUUCCAGGUACAACUUGUGGCUGCUGAUAGUGAUCUGUAAAUCUCUGUUUUUAUGGCUUAAGAGGUGUCUCCUUCCCUGGGGACCACCGUGCUGGGAGCGAGCAGGUGAAUCACU